GCCUGAGUGUGCGUUUCGUCACCGUGGGAAGGGAGCGUGAGUCGGCACUGAGGGGUCUGAGGGUGACUCACUGCCCUCCUGCACCAUAAAUAAGAGGGGAGCCCGCGGCUCCCAGAGCAGCACAGCCCAGCCACAGCCCUGCCAUGGCACUCAUCCUCCUGGCUCCGCUUGCUGUUGGGCUGCUGGCCAUCUCCUGCUGUGCCGUCCCGCUCCAAAGCAAGCCGCAGGUGGUGGUCAACUUCCCAGGGGAGCUGGUCAGCAACCUGUCAGACCGGGAGCUGGCGGAGAGCUACCUGCUACGGUUUGGCUACACCACGGAGGCGGAGGCGCGGAUGGGCAGCAAGCACGUGUCCCUGGCCAAGGCGCUGCGCAAAAUGCAGAGGCAGCUGGGCCUGGAGGAGACGGGGCAGCUGGAUGCCAGCACGCUGGAGGCCAUGCGAGCACCCCGCUGCGGCGUCCCUGACGUGGGAACCUUCCUGACAUUCGAGGGGGAUCUGAAGUGGGACCACAUGGAUCUGACGUACCGGGUGAUGAACUACUCCCCCGACCUAGACCGUGCUGUGAUCGAUGAUGCCUUCAAGCGAGCAUUCAAAGUGUGGAGUGACGUGACCCCCCUCACCUUCACCCAGAUAUACAGCGGCGAGGCAGACAUCAUGAUCAUGUUCGGAAGCCAAGAGCACGGGGACGGAUAUCCUUUCGAUGGCAAGGAUGGGCUCUUGGCCCAUGCCUUUCCCCCGGGACGGGGAGUCCAGGGUGAUGCCCACUUUGAUGAUGACGAGUUCUGGACGCUGGGAAAUGGUUUAGUGGUGAAGACCCGCCACGGUAACGCCAAUGGGGCUGACUGCCACUUCCCCUUCAUCUUCGAGGGCCGCUCCUACUCCCACUGCACCACGGAGGGGCGGUCGGAUGGGCUGCCCUGGUGUGCCACCACCGCCAGCUACGACCGAGACAAGAAAUACGGCUUCUGCCCCAGCGAACUCCUUUACACCAAUGGCGGCAACAGCGAUGGGUCCCCCUGCGUCUUCCCCUUUGUCUUCGACGGCACCUCCUACAACACCUGCACCACGGAUGGGCGCUCCGAUGGCUACCGCUGGUGUGCCACCACCGCCAACUUCGACCAGGACAAGAAAUAUGGCUUCUGCCCCAACAGAGACACGGCGGUGAUCGGUGGCAACUCCCAGGGGGAUCCGUGCGUCUUCCCCUUCACCUUCCUGGGCCAGUCCUACAGCGCCUGCACCAGCCAGGGCCGCCAGGACGGCAAGCUCUGGUGUGCCACCACCAGCAACUACGACACCGACAAGAAGUGGGGCUUCUGCCCAGACAGAGGUUACAGCAUCUUCCUGGUGGCUGCCCACGAGUUCGGGCACUCGCUGGGGCUGGACCACUCCAGCGUGCGUGAGGCCCUCAUGUACCCCAUGUACAGCUAUGUUCAGGACUUCCACCUGGACCCCGAUGAUAUCCAGGGCAUCCAAUACCUCUACGGUCGUGGCUCUGGCCCAGAGCCCACCGCCCCUGUGCCCGUGACCACCAAGGAGCCCCAGCCCCUGCCGACAGAAGCUGGCAGCACCUCUACCACCGAGGAGGAGGAGGAGUACGAGACUCCGGAGCCCACAGCUGUGCCCAUCCCUGUGGACCCCAGCCAGGAUGCCUGCAAGGAAAAGGACUUUGAUGCCAUCACGGAGAUCAAUGGGGAGCUGCAUUUCUUCAAGGAUGGGAAAUACUGGACACGCUCAUCCUUCUGGAAUUCGGACAUCCAGGGGGCCUUUUCCAUCGCAGACACCUGGCCGGGGCUCCCGGCGGUCAUCGAUGCCGCUUUCCAGGAUGUACUCACCAAGAGGAUCUUCUUCUUUGCCGGUCGGCAGUUCUGGGUGUUCUCGGGCACGAGCUCGCUGGGCCCUCGCGGCGUGGAGAAGCUGGGCAUCAGGAAGAACGCCGGGCGCAUCUCGGGGGCUCUGCAGCGCGGCCGCGGCAAGGUGCUGCUCUUCAGCGGGGAGAGCUACUGGAGGCUCGACGUGAAGGUCCAGAGGGUGGACAAAGGCUACCCCCGCGCCACCGACGACGUCUUCACCGGCGUCCCCCUCGACGCACGCAACGUCUUCCUCUACCAAGACAAUUACCACUUCUGCCGGGGCAGCUUCUACUGGAGGAUGACGCCGCACUACCAGGUGGACCGGGUGGGCUACGUCAAGUACGACAUCCUGCAGUGUCCCCAGCACUGAGCGCCACCCGGCCGCCCCGCUGCGCCCUGCCCAUCGCCGCCCGCACCCGGGCUCUCGUCCCGCAGCCUGGUCCCCGCGGCCGUGGGGCGGCGGGCGGGGGUCCCGGGGUCGCCCCCGGCAGCCCCGACUGGGCAGCAGGACUCUCACCGCGACGGGCACCGAGCCGCCUCUGCCCGCGCUGCCUCCGUCGCGCAGAAGCGUUUGCCUGGUGCAAACCACAACACGGAUUUGGAGCGAUUUUGUCUUUUCCCGAGCUGGCCGUGCCGCUCCGGGCCGGGCUUCGAGCGGAGCUGGUGCCCGGGCACCCGGCGGGGCAGGGGCGCGGGCGCUGCCAGCUCUGCCAGCCCGUU